GCUACAAGAAUAUUCCCCGAAAACGAUGACAAAAUGAGACAAAAUGGCGGAAACUAUGACUGCGUGAUUCAUGCAAUUAAACGUUUCUGGAGCUUUUCUUCCCUUGUUAUUUGCGAAGUUGAAAUAUUUACAUCUUAUAAACCUCAGUGAUGGAAGAAAAACGUCAAAUGUAUAUUUUAUUGGAGGACAGACGCGGAGAAAGAACAGAAAGAGGUCUGCUACAUUUGAAAUCUAAAUCGGUCGAGACACAAUUCAUAAGAGGGCAAAUUUUCCGCACAUUGCCUGAAACAGAACAACCCGAGGAUAGCAAUAAAAUAGCUUUGGUAGAGACGACCUCAGAAAAUUUUAAACUUGUGUGUGCUACAACUGAAGUGGCUAGGAUCACAGAAGAAGAGGCGAAAUUGCUCUCUGCCAUAGUCAGUGCUGAAGAAAGGCAUAGGAUUUUUCGUGAGAGAAAUCGUUUGGGUUUUGGAAUAGCUAUUAAGAAUGGGACUAAAGUGCUUGUGAAGGUUAAAACUGCUGGUGGUGUGCAUAGAGAUGUUCCUGGGGUUGUAUGGUUUAAAGGACCUCUUCCGACACAUGACGGGACAAUGUUUGGUGUGGAACUGACCCCAAACAAGCCGAAGGGCAGUGAACAGCUUGGAACCUCAGAUGGGACAUUUAGGGAGAAACGUUAUUUCACAUGUCCAGAAAAUUGUGGAGUGUUUGUUGCCCUUGAUAAAAUUCAACCGCAAGACAACACAGAUACAAAAAAGUCUCCCCAACGAGAAACAGCUUCAUCCAAAUCAAGAUUAUCAAUUUUAAAGGAUGCGGUUUUCCCAUCAAAAGAGCGUAACAGGUCUAAAUUUGACUAUCAACUGGAAAUUGGGGAAAGAGUUGUGACAUUUAAGGAUGAUAGGGAAUUGCGUGGCGUAGUACGCUACAUUGCAAACGAACCGGAUGACAGUGACAUGAUAGCAGUGGGAAUAGAACUGGACGAACGGUAUGGGAAUGGAACAGGAUUUUUUAGGAGCCAUCAGCGUUUCAUGUGCGAGAGUGGUUAUGCAUUGUUUGUCCCUGCUGACACUGUGAUUCCAGAAAAAGACUUUGAUGAGAAACCACAGAAAAAAAUUAGCACAGGGAGUGGUUCUGCUAGAGAGGUUCAACCAAGUUCAUCUCUUGGAUAUGAUGUUAAUAGUAGCAAAGAUAAAAGUCAAGGAAUCAAGCGAUCUAGCUCUGCGUCAUCAUUGAAACACACAACAAGUGAGGAAGCCAUUAAAAUUGCUAGCAGACAUGGAGACAGUAGUGAUAAAGAUAAAGUCGUCAAAGAACAAGAAAGUAUAUUGGCAAAGAUCAAAGCAGAGCAGAAACAAUCAAACAGGUCAAAUGAGAUAGUAGAUGUAGGUCUUCCUAUAAAUGAAGACCAUUACAGUGACAAACAUGACCAAAGUGUGGCUGGGUACAUACCAGUGCAGAGUGGGAAAUCCAACUUCUGUGUCUCACCUGAAGAUAUGAUUAGCACUUUAUCACACCCGGGGGCAGAUAUCAAGCAGCCUGUUUCUUCUUCUCAAGCUAUUUCUAGAGGCUCUUCUCAGACGCCAGUUCUUCCACCAAACAGACCAUCAACACGAUCCACUCAUAAUGACCUGGGUAAUUACUACAACAGAAAUGCUGAAGUUUAUGAAGAAUUACCCAAUCAUGUCAUGGACAGAGACCAGGGCACAGAGCUUGACAAGGAAGGUUUACUACUCAUGGAGCAGGCCGAUAGUCAGCUAGGAAAGGGCAUGGUAGCCCCCAGUGAUUACCAUGAGGAUGACGUCGCCCUGGGUCUUGAAGUGGGGUGUAUGGCAGAGGUGCCCUUGGUUAACAAUCAGCCGCGCUAUGGUGUGAUACGCUGGAUUGGUCAGCUGGCUGAGCUCAAGAAUAAACUAGUGGCCGGAUUAGAAUUAGAAGAGGAGCAGUCAGGAUGUUCAGAUGGGACAUUUAAAGGCAAACGUUACUUUGAGUGUCCUCCUGGAAGAGGCUUUUUUGUCCUACUAAAGUACUGUCGCAAAGAUUCUCGCUUUGAGCUUGAUUCACCAAUGGACACACCAGGCAGAUCUGCAAAGAAUUUUGGCAGCAUGGAUUGCCCAUCCAUUGAAGGUAUAAUCCCUCCCCCGCCCUCCCUCCCUGAACAAAGCACAGGCAUGAUGAGAGGUAUCCAAGGGCAUCACAACUCGUGCUACCUGGACUCAACCUUGUAUAGCAUGUUCGCCUUCACCACCGUAUUCGACACAUUGCUGCACAGGGAGAGGCAAAGCUCUGACCUUGAGGACUACGAUAAGGUGCAGAAGGUCCUAAAAGAGGAAAUUGUCAACCCCCUGAGAAGGAAUGGUUUUGUACGUGCUGACAGAGUGCUGAGACUACGGAGGCUUCUUGAUAAACUAGGAUCAACGUCUGGCCUAACUGAUGAGGAGAAAGACCCUGAGGAGUUCCUUAACACACUUCUACAUCAGGUUUUGAAGUCGGAAUCAUUGCUUCAGCUCAAGUCUCAUGGUAGAUGUGAGGAGUCCAAUUACUACCAAAUUAUUACAGAGAAAGACGAGGGAAUCAAACUGGCAACCGUGCAGACCUUGAUAGAACAAUCAUUUAUGGCUGCUGAUCUCAAGCUAGCAGAGGUGCCGUCCUGUCUGAUAUUACAGAUGCCACGGUUUGGCAACAAAUACAAAAUGUAUGACAUUAUUUUACCCAACACAACGCUGGACAUUACAGACAUACUGGAUAAUGUCCCUCGACCUUGUGUCUUGUGCGGAGAGCAAGCGUCGACUUUUGAGUGCAAGGAAUGUUACGAAGACAAGAUAUUUUCGGUCGGCAUUACAAGCUUCUGCCGCGAUUGCUGUAAAAAAGUGCACAGUCAUCCCAGACGAACUUCGCACAAGCUAACGCCGAUCAUAGUCCCUAGAGAAUACAGUCAAUACGCUCGUCGUGACGGACCGCUUGAGCGAUACACGAUGGAGCUGUUUGCCGUCGUUUGCAUUCAGACGAGCCAUUACGUGGCGUUUGUCAAAUGCGGCCAGGGUCCCGAUGCACCGUGGUGCUUCUUCGAUAGCAUGGCGGACAGAAAAGGUGAGAGUAAUGGCUAUAACAUACCGGCUGUAAGGGCCUGUCCGGAAGCGUCCAGGUGGCUUUUGGCCAAGCCAGAUGAGAUUAUCGGUGCGAAUCGUCGCGGUGAGCUGCCUGGAAACAUGAAGAGGCUGUUUGGCGAUGCGUACAUGUGCAUGUAUCAGAACUUUGAUACGGCCAUGUACAAGUAGUAUAUGGUGACUAUUUGGGGGCUGAAAAUUUUGGAGCUCCCGAGUGUGGAAAGUCGUCCUUGUCUGCCUGGUGUUCGCCUUACGGUUCCUAAAUAAAGAGCGUGUUUAUUCCACUAUAACACCUCAAAGUGGUUGUUUCUUUAAAAAAAGGAGGAAACUUAAGCUGAGUAUUACAUAAAUAGAUUAAUAUUAUUUUUCUGCUCUUUGUUUACUUUUUAUAAUUAAAUCAGAGCCGUGAUGCAAUUUGUAGUAGAAAUGGGUCUUUCCUUUCAUAACAUAGAUUUUACAGCUACUAGGCUAUACAGCUACUACUAAUUCGUAGAACUUGUAUCAGUUAAAAUGUGUUUCUAAUAUUCUAUUUUGUACAAAAUCACUGCAAUGUAAAUGCACCUCGACAAAAAAGGUUCAAAUCAGGAGUGAAAGCCUGAUGCCUCAAGAUACCAUAAAACUUUACUAUAGACUAUAAGUCAAUAGCCAAAUUAGGAUAAAAAAGUAUAUAAAAAUUCUGUAGAUAAAGAAAUGUGUAUGGAUGCAUUGUGCUAGGUAAUGUUGUGAUCGAAUCACAAGUCAACAGUACGGGAGGGAGAUGGAUGAGAUGCGGGUGUGAACGAUUUGAUAAAGAUCGGGGGACGGGAAACAAAAUCGAGAGGAGGAAAAGAGGGUAAAAUGAAUGGGGAGAAAGAGUCUGAGGGAGAGGGAGAGGCAGUGGGGAAAAAAACGAUAUGUUUUUUUUUUGUCUUAAAUUUUACUAGAAAGCAUAUAGUACACACAAUAACAGUGACUGUAACUGCUUUAAAAGCUUCCUAACGCUACGACACUCAUCUAUAAACUUCAGUUCUCAUUUUCCUAGACGUAAAACUAUUGGAGUGGACAUCUCGGUGACAGGAUGGCGUAAACAGUCGAAACGGAAAGCUUAAAAAAAAUAAAGAAAUAAAACAAAGUUUUCGAUCAA